CAGCAAGUCCGCGAUCUCAAGGACGCCAAGGCGGCCACCGACCACGAGCUCCACGAGACGCGGGAAGAGCUCGCAAGCGCCCUCGAGCUGCACUCGCGCAUGCAAGCCGACAACCAGCGCCAACUCGACGACCUCCGGCACACACUGGACGCGCUCGAGAAUGAACGGACGACGGCGUCGGUCGAGGUGCGACGUCUCACGACGCGCACAACGCAACUCGAGGCCGAGAUCGACACCGUCACUGAAAAGAUGGGGGUGGAAACCCAGGAAAAGCAUGCGCUGGCCGCGUCGUUGGAAGCGCUUGCGAGCGUCAACGAAGAGGUGACGGCCGCCAAGGUCCAAGAAGCCACCGCGCAGUUGGCCAUGGAAAUCUCUGGCCUGCACGCCGAGCUCCACGUGCUCUCGGACGACAACGAACGGCUCCAAGCCGAGCUGCGCGUCGAGGUGCAGCGCAACAGCGUCGCGAGCGAAGUGAACGCGCUCAAGACGCAGAUCCUCGACAUGAAGCAAGAAACCAAGCAUCUGCAAUAUGAGCUCGCUGAGAAAACAGCUGAACUCGACCGCGCCGUGUCGGAGGCCGGCGAGUCGGCACUGCGUGUGGCCCUGAACGAACGGACCCUCGAGUGCUCUGCGCUGACCGCUCAUGUGGCAACCCUCAUGAAGGAGCUCGAGGACGCUAGUCGACCGCAAGCGGCCGUCGAUGCUCCGACAGAUGACCGCGUCGCGUGUCUCGAAGCCGAGUUGUCGAGCUGCCAGGCCGAGUUGCAGGCGCUUCAAGAAAAGCAUGUAAAUGCACUCAUGAAGGGCCGCGCAUUGUCGUCCAACUCGGACGACGAUUCGGACGACGACGACGGCGACACUACGGGCAGUCGGUCGUCGGUCGUGCAAGUCGACUCGAGCACCGACGUCACGGCCACGCACGAGCGGCGGUCUGCUCCUGCAAGCGACGACGAGCUCGCCGAG